CAAGAAUGCAUCUCUUCACCAACGAUGAAGUACUUUUCCACCCGAGGAGGCGACCAGGAGCUGUCCUUUGAAGAGACUGUCCUUACUGGGCUCGCUCCGAACGGUGGCCUCUACAUCCCGGUCGAAAUUCCCUCACUUCCCUCAAACUGGGAAACGGAAUGGAAGGAUUACUCAUUCGUGGACCUCUCUGUUGCCAUACUGUCGCUCUACAUCUCUCGUGAAGAGAUCUCCGAGUUGGAACUUCGGGAUCUCGUUGCAAAGUCGUACGCUGGGUUCAGGCACCCCUAUGUGACUCCGUUGAGGAAACUGGGCGAGAAGAAGUAUGUGUUGGAGCUGUGGCAUGGGCCGACAUGGGCAUUCAAGGAUGUUGCGUUGCAGUUACUUGGGAACCUGUUUGAAUUUUUCUUAAAGAGGAGGAAUGCUAGGCGUAUGGAUGGCGGAACCGAUAAAUUGACUGUGGUAGGUGCGACAAGUGGGGAUACGGGGAGCGCAGCGAUUUACGGUCUACGAAAUAAAGCUAAUAUUUCGAUAUUCAUUCUACAUCCUAAAGGACGAGUCUCGCCCAUCCAGGAGGCUCAGAUGACGACCGUCACCGAUGCCAACGUACACAAUCUAGCCGUCAAAGGGACAUUUGACGAUUGCCAGGAUAUCGUUAAAUCCCUCUUCUCCGACAUCCAAUUCAAUGCUACCCAUCACCUCGGCGCCGUCAACUCCAUCAACUGGGCCCGGAUCCUCGCACAGACAGUCUACUACUUCCUCGCAUACUUCCAUUUGCGCAAGGAGAUACAGAGUGAGGUGCAGUUCGUUGUCCCAACAGGGAACUUUGGUGAUAUCCUCGCGGGGUACUACGCGAAGCGCAUGGGGCUUCCCAUGUCGGCCCAUCUGGGUGUCGCAACCAACGCUAAUGAUAUAUUGGCACGGUUUUGGAAAACCGGACGGUACGAAAAGGUGGAUUCAUCACCGGAAUUGCCAGUGUCAGACGGCAAGCAGGGAACUCAGGACGCUAGUGGGGUCAAGGAGACGCUCAGCCCUGCGAUGGAUAUUCUCAUUUCGAGCAACUUUGAGAGGUUGUUGUGGUACCUGGCCUUCGAAACUGUGGAAGAUGCUUCUGAUGUCAACGUGAGAAGGGCAAAAGCCGGAGAUAUCGUCGAUGGAUGGAUGUUGAAGAUGAAGAAGGAUGGUAAGGUAGAGGUGCCCGUGACGGUUUUGGAGUUUGCAAGGAGAGACUUCUGUGCCGAACGGGUCAGUGACGAACAGACACUAGAGACGAUCAAGUCUCAGUUCUUGGGAUCGCCUUCAUAUGUUGUGGACCCUCAUACCGCUGUCGGGUUGACCGCAGCUGCAAGGAUGGCGAACUAUAACUCGCUUUCUACCGUCCAAAUCAUCCUGUCUACUGCCCAUCCUGCCAAGUUCUCAGAAGCGGUGUCGCAGGCUUUACAGGGUUCCUCCCAGUUCGACUUUAAUCGGGAUGUCAUGCCUGAGGAGUUCAAGGGUUUACUGCAAAAAGACCGUCGUGUUAUUGACGUCGAGAGACCAGAUGUUGAGUUGGUCAAAAAGGUUAUUGAGGGAUAUGUAUAAGUGAGGCAGUUGCAUCAAAAGGUUGGAGAGGAACUGGAGAAGAUGUGUCAAACUUGAAUAUCAUAGACAAAUCGUUUGAAUACGGCACGACUUAUUAAGAGAGGGCCCGUAUUCAAUCGAAACAGAGCCCUUGUUUCCUCUUACUGCGUCUUGUAGCAUGAUAUGUAUGGUCUCGUACAGGUAUGGAGGACUCAUCGAAUACCUCAAUAUAUUGCACCAGGAUCUCGUUCGGGUUACACUAGGAGAGAAUGGAGUUACAUAAUGCCAGCCCUCAUGUUUCC